AUGGCAGACCCAGCUAUCUACGACUUUCUAAACCAGCCCACUACUAAUUCCUCAAAACCCACCACCAGAAAGCCGACACAGAGACAGCCCACAUCCUCUUCUCGCUUGUUCCCAUGCCUCUACUGCCCUCGCAAGUUCUACACCUCCCAAGCUCUCGGAGGCCACCAAAACGCCCACAAGCGAGAGCGAGCCGCCCUUCGCAGAGGCUACCCCACUGACGCCCGCCUGGCUCGCGUCCAGACGGAGCCACCUGCAGACCCAGUUGCACCUUUUGUGGAACAGUUUUGGGUGGACCCCUUUCCGACCAUCCACCACUACCGUGCCUCAAGCUCAUCAGUUCCUCUUGGGAUUCAUGGAAAUGCGACUCCAGAAGUUCUCUCGCCACCCUCUGAUGCUUCUGACCACGUAAACCUUGACCUCACCCUUCGUUUGAGUUGUUCUGAUUUGGUGCGUUUUGAACCCUUGGAAGCGAAGAGUGAGGUUGAGAGUAGAAAUGGAGACAGGCUUUUAGUGGGAGAAAAGAAGUUGGUGUUUGGAUAUUAUAGGGAGUUGAUCAUGAUGGUCAGGCAUGACCAUCCUCUUAAUUACUCUGAUGAAAACCCACCAGAUUUUGUCGAUUAA